AAAAGAGGAGAGAGAGAGAGAGGGAGUAAGGAAGAAGAAGAAGAAGAUGAUGAUUUCCCGGAGACCCGUUUCGAGUCCGGGUCGGGUCGAAAAAUACCCACCGCCUUUGAUGGGUUUCUUGAGGAGCAAAAGUAACGGCGGAAGCAUAAGCAGAAGUAGAAGCCGAAGCAAAGGAAGGUCACGCGCGAGUCCUCUCUUCGUCCGCCGGAAUAAAUCUGCGGGGACGGUGACUCAAGAACCGUCGUCUCCGAAGGUUACUUGCAUGGGUCAAGUCCGAGUCAAGCGAUCGAAGCCGAAAAUUAAACCAGAAUCUCGCGAAAACCCGACCCGAAGACGAUGUGAGUGGAUCCGAAACGCGUCGUUUUUUAAUGGAUUCGCCGGGAAAAUCAAAUCGUCGUCGUUUUGGCCCAAAUGGGGAUUGUUUUCGUUUCCGUGUUCUCGGGGGAAAUCGAAGAGCGAGGAAGAUAAAAAAUCUCCGGGAAUCCAAUUAGAUCACCCGGCACCGGAAUUAGCUGGAGAAAUUGGAGAGGAAUACGAAGAAGAAGUGGAAAAUUUCGCAAUUCCUAAAUUAUGUGUGUCUCCGAAUUCUACGCCGCCGGUAAACGCCCUUUUGUUAACAAGAAGCAGAUCUGCACCGUACGGAUCCUCGUCGUUGGCUUAUAGAUUCUGGGAAGAAAAUAACCAACGGGAAGAAGAAUCACGAAACAGAAGAGAGGAAAACGGAGAUCAUAAUGUUCAAUCAGAAAAAACUGAACCGGAAGGCCCCGAGAAAAUCAAUGGGGUUUACGAGUCGGCGAGGUCUCUCGGAGCUAACAAUGACAGAAAGGAAGUUGAAUUAACAGAAUUAGGGUUUGAACGGCGGCCGGAGUUGACAAGGAGCAAAUCGGAGCCGGCGAGAAUCGGCGAUGAGCUGGGGUUGCUUCCCGAUGAAGAAGCAGGUUAGGCAGGGUUUAGGUCUCUCACGUGAUUAGUCAAUUUGACUAAUUAUCUCUUUAAAUUAAUCGUAGUUUUUUAUUGAUUAUUAGGAUAAAAAUUGAUUUGACUGUGUCAGUGUAAGUUAUUUAGUUUUCGAUUUAUGUAUAGAGGAAACAAAUUGUAUAGUAGAUUUGUGUCCACACAUAUAGCGUAAG